GUUACUGUCAAUGAGGAAGUAAUGGACAUAAUUCUCUGUGAUAGGCCAGAAGUUGUGGCGUUGGCAGGAGUUUCCAAACAUUUAAUGGCUGUGGCAAUGAAACUUUAAAUACAUUAAUUCGUUUUUUUGCAAUAUAAGAUGCAGGCUGUAUCUCAAAUGUUCGAUAUUCUUAAACGACCGACAUGGCCUUUCUUCAAAUGUCUUCGAAAGUGUCAUCUGCCUCGUGUAAGUGUACGUCGUUGUGUUGCAAGUGGUGGCACACCGUCUUCACAAAAGAAAAAGAAAAGAGCUAAGUCUAGAGAACAUGUAGGAUCCCCUAGCCUGUCGUGGGAGGAAAAGCUCGCUGAUACGGUUACCCCCCUUUGGAGGUUAAAUUAUGAGGAACAGCUACGAAGGAAGCAAGACCAGCAGCAGAGAAUAUUGCUUGAACUUUCAAAUCAGCUAACUGAGUUGUCAGGUGUAUCCUGUAGUCUCCCGGGCAUACCUCUACUGCCUAUUAUACCAUCUCCAGUGAAAUAUCACUACCGCAACAAAUCAACCUUCUCUAUCAAUAAAGGUGUAGAUGGAAACCCAAAGACUGUUGGAUUCUACAUUGGCACUGGGAAAGGAGGUAACAUUGUCUGUGUUAAUGGGGAUCACCUCUUGAACAUCCCAGAAAAACACAAGUUGGUUGCUAGAUACUAUGAGGAUUUCAUUCGGCAGUCGCCUCUGGAGCCUUGUAUUGUAUUCCAUGAUGGAGGCCACUGGCGAGAGGUUACCGUGAGGACUAAUGCAGCAGGUAACACCAUGGCCAUCGUUUACUUUCACCCUCAAUGCCUAACCACAGAAGAGAUUUGUACUCAUAAAGAUGCUCUUGUGGAGUACUUCACAAAAGGUCCAGGGUCUGUUUGUGAUGUGGACUCCUUGUACUUUCAAGAGAGUGUCAUGACCCGUUGCAGCCACCAGCAGUCCCCUUACCAGCUCCUUCAUGGGCAGCCACAUAUCCACGAAGAGCUACUGGGCUAUAAGUUUCGUAUUUCUGCCGAUGCUUUCUUUCAGGUGAACAGGGCAGCAGCAGAGUCUCUCUAUCAGACUGUAGGGGAGCUCAGCCACACCACUGGAAGUGACAUUCUGCUAGAUGUCUGUAGUGGAACAGGUGCUAUUGGGAUUUCCAUGUCCUCCAGGGUGAAAAAAGUUAUUGGCAUUGAGAUUAUUGAACAGGCAGUGGAGGAUGCAAAAUAUAACGCUAUGCUCAAUAAAGUGUCUAACUGUGAGUUUAUAGUUGGAAAGGCUGAAGUUGUUCUCCCCAAACUCAUAACUUCUCUUGGGUCUGUGGGUGGACUCACUGCAGUUGUUAAUCCAUCCAGGGCUGGCCUUCAUUAUCGAGUGAUUAAAGCUCUUCGUAACCACCCUUGUAUUCACAGACUUGUAUACAUAUCUUGCAAACCUGAUGGAGAGGCAAUGAGAAACUUUCGAGACUUGUGCUGCAGCUCAGAGCAGCAUAGGAAGCUCAGUGGAAAGCCGUUUGCACCCAGAGUGGCCGUCCCUGUGGACAUGUUUCCACAUACAUUGCACUGUGAAUUGGUUCUUGUCUUUGAAAGAUAACACUGAAAAUUUGCUAGGAAGAAGUAGAAAAACUCUCGUCCAGCAUGACAACUAUGAUAACAUUUUAACCUUUCAGUGGAACUGUGCUGUAACCCUUUGAUUUAUUCACAUCAAAGCUGGAAAUCACAAUGAUUGCUGUUUAAUAGUGUCAACAAAUGACAGUAUGUUUAAUAAAGUUUAUUAAAAACUGUU